GCUGAUAGACAGCCAGGGGGGCGGAGUAUCCGGUUGAUUGACAGCAGGAAGAAGCUUGCAGUCAUGAAGACAGUGCAAGACAGCAUCAUUUGCAUCACCAUGCAGGAAGCUUUUGGCUGUGCGGUGGAGAACCGCUUCUUACAGCUUCAAGACGAUGACUGUGACCCCUUGGAUCUCCUGCAUCAGGCGUCAAUUGAGGUUACCAAGCGUAAGAAAAAGGAGACCCCAGCUGCCAAAAAGUCAGGUAACCAACAAGAAAAAAAAAAGGAAUCUCAAAAGGAAAGGAAGAUUCAAGUUGCUCCCAUUACAGCACCCCCAGACCAGAAGCGUGCUCCAAAACCAACUUUACAGAAGGUAACUCAGAAUGAAAACAACGGCGCUGAAGUGAAAGUGGACAGAACAGAACGCAGGAUGGCAUUCAGGGAAUUUCGUCCAAAUAUCAUUGAAAAAAACAUGGAUUACAGCAAUGACAACUUUGAGAAAGAAAGGCAAGUCAGAAGUUGGGUUUCAAACCAGAGAGGGGGCUCACGUGGCAGAGGAAGAGGUGGAUUCCCAAGGAACAUGGAAAUUGAUAACCUAAGAGGCAAGCGCGAGUUUGAUAGACACAGCGGAAGUGACAAGGCUAGAGUAAAAGCAGAAGACAAGAGGGGUGGAAGUGGACCUCACAACUGGGGCUCAAUUAAAGAUGCUAUCAGUGAGGAAGAACCUGUGCCUGUAGAGCAUGUAGAACAUGCUGAACCCCUUGAGGCAUCAGAGGAGGAACAAGAUGUCAAGGUCGCUGAAGAUGGCUCUGAAGAGCCUCCUAAGGAGAUGUCGUUGGAUGAAUGGAAAUCUAUGAUGCACCAAAGCAGGCCAAAGGCUGAUUUCAACCUCCGCAAGCCUGAAACUUCCAUGCCGUCUAAAGCUGUGGUGAUCCACAAGUCUAAAUUUUCUGAUGAUAUGAAGCAUGAUGAAGAUUACCAGGUUGGCUUCCGCAAACCUGUGAAUGAUAUCACAUGCCAGCUGGAUAUCAAUUUUGGAAGCCUUCCCCGACCAGGCCGUGGGGGAAGAGGUGGAGGACGAGGCCGCGUUAGAAGAGAAGAGGCAUUUACACAUGAAAUCCUAAAUGUGAAUGACUUUGCUCUGAAUCCAGAAGAUCCUGACCACUUUCCUGCUUUGUGUUAGUCGGACUUCUCUGAAGUUGUUCUGCUGUUCCAAAGACAAGAAAUAACAAUUGAUGUGGGGGAAAAGGUGUGUCCAAGUCUACAGGAUGACCGUUUUUUUAGUGUGAACUCCUGAAGCAUAGAAUAUCGGUCUAUAGACUACAUUGUGCUAUAGUUAUAUUUGGGUCUGGAUUGUAAGAUAUUUAAGGCUUUGAUAGAACACCAGGUGUCCACUUGUUUAAGAGGUUGUAAAAUAUUGUGUAUGUAAUAUAUAAAAAUUACUGUAUGGAACAUUUAAUAACCAAAGACCUUUUAGAAUUCCUGUAGAUAUGCAAGCAAUGCUGCUUUCCCCUGCCUCAGUUUAAAGAACCUAUUUUAUGCCACUAUGCAGCAGUUUUCGAUUGUUGGAAAAAUAAACUUGCUUAUUAUG